AUGUUAUCACAAAUUUUGAAUUUGGCCAAAGCAUCAACAAUUAUAUAUGAAAACUUUUUUAGCAGCACUUCAAUAAAUAGUAAAUAAUAAUUAAUAAAAUUAAAGAUUUAAACUCCUUUUAUUACAAUAAUAAUUGUGAUUCAGUAAUUAGUACUUGUGGCAGCUAAACAAUCUUAAAAGUUAAUUAAUGCUCUCCGAAUGAUUAUGAUUUCUUAAUUUAUUAAACAAUUGAACUUAAUCCACACUAUUUAUUGUUCCUCUCCUUUAAAUUUUGGAGGUAAUAGUUAUAAAUAAAAUUAGAAUUGAUUAAUGGGAUAAUAAAUAUUUUACUGUAUACAUUGAUAAUAAAUUAAUACAUGGAGCAGUAUAUUCACAUACAAGUAGUCCAUCAGAUUUAUGUGGAAGCACCAGUUAUAAUGAUGAAUACUAUUCAAUAAGUGGAAUAAUUGAUCAUUCUAGCACAACAGUUUUUAUUGUAAUGUUAGCUUAAAGAGGGAUUUGGGGAAUUUCUGAAUUAGAAAUAUAAAUUGAAUAAUGUCCUACUGGAUGUUAUUCAUGUAAUAAAGAUCAAUUUUUAGAUGAAUAUUUGUAUUUUUAGUAAUUUGUAAGUAAAACUAUUUCAUCUAUCAGUUCUUCUGAAGGUUGGAUAAAAGAUGGAAUGGUUCAAACUAGUGUAAAUGGUUGUCUUGGUAAUUAUAUUUUUUUAUAUAGAUUGGAAAUAUGGAAAUGUAAAUUCAGGAAAAAAUUUGAUGAAAGUCCUAAAGCUUGAUUAGCAUACUGCUAUAAGUUUUUAAUUAAAAGUUUUAAUCUUUAAUUCAAAUCCAAUAAAUGUUUUUAUCAAAAUAGAUGAUGUAAUAGUAUUUUAGACUGAAUAUUCUAAUGGAUGGAUAAAUAUUAAUCAUGCUGAAGAAUUAUGUGUAUUUAUGCAAAUGAAGAAUAUUAAAAUUCAUUAAUACACACACAUUAAUUAAUAAAUUUAAAUAUCUGUUUUAUUGAAUGAAAAUUCUAAAUUUGGAAUAAGAGAUUUUCAAUUAUUUUUAGGUACUAGUUAUUUUCAAAAUAUGUGUGCUGAUUAUAAUUUAUUAGCCUUUGAUAGUUGUUUUUCAAAUAUAUAUGAUUGUGUUGAAGGUUGUAGUAAUUGUAUUAAAGGUGAAUGUUGGGAUUGUUAAGAGGGUUGGGAAUAUAAUAGAUAUUUAAGAAUUUGUAUUCCAAUUUGUGGAGAUUCAAAAAUAAUCAAUUAUGAAUAAUGUGAUGAUGGAAACUAAACGCCUAAUGAUGGAUGUCAUUUAUGUAUAUAUUCUUGUAUAUAACAUUGUUUUUUAUGUUAAUUUGGAAUUUGUCAUUAAUGCAAUCCUACAUAUAGAUUAUCAGCUGAUUAGACAAUUUGCAUAAGAAUUGAUAAUGACUAAGAUGAAUAAAACUUUAUUUAAACUUAAAAAUUUUAAAGUGAUUUACGAUUAUGCUCAAUAGAGUGCUAAAUUUGUUAAGAAUGUUCGGAUAUAUAAGAGAAUAGUUGCUACCAUAUUUGUCAAUAGAAAAUAGAAGAAUCAUUAGAAACAGUGGAAGAAAAUAAAGAAGAGGAAGAAUAAGAAUAAGAAGAAGAGGAAAUGGAUGAGAAUCUUAAUAUUGAGUGCAUGUCUUAUUGUUUACAAUGUGCAGAUUAGUAUUCUUGUUUAUAAUGUGAAGCUAAUUUUUAAUUAGAAGAUAAAUAAUGCUUCCCAAUUUGUGGUGAUGGUAUCAUUAUUUAAGGAUAUGAGGAUUGUGAAGAUGGAAAUAAUGAUCCAUACGAUGGAUGUUAUUAAUGUUAAUUUCAAUGUUCAUUUGGAUGCAUAAGUUGUGAAUAAGGCAAUAUUUGUAGAAAAUGUGAUAAUUUAACUAUUUUAAAUAAUGAUACUGGAUAAUGUGAAAAAGAAGAUAUUUACAAUUCUAAUUAAUUUACUGAGGAGAAUAAUACAAACUCAAAUAGUAUAUUAGGAAUAUAAAAUUCAAUUUUAGAUGAUAAUUAAUGUGGAAAUGGUAUACUUAAUAACAAUUAUGAAUUAUGUGAUGAUGGGAAUAAUGUUGGAGAUGAUGGAUGCUCAAGUAUGUGUCUAAUUGAAGAUAACUGGAACUGUAAAAAUUAAUUCUAUCAAAGUAUAUGCUUUCCCAAAACAUAACUUUNUACAUUGAUAAUAAAUUAAUACAUGGAGCAGUAUAUUCACAUACAAGUAGUCCAUCAGAUUUAUGUGGAAGCACCAGUUAUAAUGAUGAAUACUAUUCAAUAAGUGGAAUAAUUGAUCAUUCUAGCACAACAGUUUUUAUUGUAAUGUUAGCUUAAAGAGGGAUUUGGGGAAUUUCUGAAUUAGAAAUAUAAAUUGAAUAAUGUCCUACUGGAUGUUAUUCAUGUAAUAAAGAUCAAUUUUUAGAUGAAUAUUUGUAUUUUUAGUAAUUUGUAAGUAAAACUAUUUCAUCUAUCAGUUCUUCUGAAGGUUGGAUAAAAGAUGGAAUGGUUCAAACUAGUGUAAAUGGUUGUCUUGGUAAUUAUAUUUUUUUAUAUAGAUUGGAAAUAUGGAAAUGUAAAUUCAGGAAAAAAUUUGAUGAAAGUCCUAAAGCUUGAUUAGCAUACUGCUAUAAGUUUUUAAUUAAAAGUUUUAAUCUUUAAUUCAAAUCCAAUAAAUGUUUUUAUCAAAAUAGAUGAUGUAAUAGUAUUUUAGACUGAAUAUUCUAAUGGAUGGAUAAAUAUUAAUCAUGCUGAAGAAUUAUGUGUAUUUAUGCAAAUGAAGAAUAUUAAAAUUCAUUAAUACACACACAUUAAUUAAUAAAUUUAAAUAUCUGUUUUAUUGAAUGAAAAUUCUAAAUUUGGAAUAAGAGAUUUUCAAUUAUUUUUAGGUACUAGUUAUUUUCAAAAUAUGUGUGCUGAUUAUAAUUUAUUAGCCUUUGAUAGUUGUUUUUCAAAUAUAUAUGAUUGUGUUGAAGGUUGUAGUAAUUGUAUUAAAGGUGAAUGUUGGGAUUGUUAAGAGGGUUGGGAAUAUAAUAGAUAUUUAAGAAUUUGUAUUCCAAUUUGUGGAGAUUCAAAAAUAAUCAAUUAUGAAUAAUGUGAUGAUGGAAACUAAACGCCUAAUGAUGGAUGUCAUUUAUGUAUAUAUUCUUGUAUAUAACAUUGUUUUUUAUGUUAAUUUGGAAUUUGUCAUUAAUGCAAUCCUACAUAUAGAUUAUCAGCUGAUUAGACAAUUUGCAUAAGAAUUGAUAAUGACUAAGAUGAAUAAAACUUUAUUUAAACUUAAAAAUUUUAAAGUGAUUUACGAUUAUGCUCAAUAGAGUGCUAAAUUUGUUAAGAAUGUUCGGAUAUAUAAGAGAAUAGUUGCUACCAUAUUUGUCAAUAGAAAAUAGAAGAAUCAUUAGAAACAGUGGAAGAAAAUAAAGAAGAGGAAGAAUAAGAAUAAGAAGAAGAGGAAAUGGAUGAGAAUCUUAAUAUUGAGUGCAUGUCUUAUUGUUUACAAUGUGCAGAUUAGUAUUCUUGUUUAUAAUGUGAAGCUAAUUUUUAAUUAGAAGAUAAAUAAUGCUUCCCAAUUUGUGGUGAUGGUAUCAUUAUUUAAGGAUAUGAGGAUUGUGA